AUGCAGCCUCAGAAGAGGCAGCGCUUGGACACAGGUUUAAGCCUUGCCCAAGUCAUCCGCUGCUUUGGAAGCCCAGAGCCUCCAUCGCAGGAGGGCUGUGAUGCGACUCGGGUUGCGGAAGAAGAGCUGCAGACCAAGGAGGAGGAUGUUAAUACAGAAGAGGUGGUAAAAGAGGAGCUGCAACCUGAAGUUGAAGAGGAGAACGAAGAUGCACAGGAGUAUCUUAAGGAAGAGCUAGAAUGGAAGGAGGAGGCGGAGGAGGAGGUCCUGAUGCAAAAGGAGGAGGAGGUGGACAUAUAUUCCCAGAGCACUGCUGCUGGAAUAUCGUGUGCAUCGCACAGUUUAUCACAGGAGUCCUGGCAACCGUUCUCGCAAGACUCGGAUGCUACGGAGCAUGGCUUGCAACUGGUGGAUGCGCCAGGCAUGCAGGAGCCCCGCGGAAGCUUCACAAAUCUCAGGCAGGAAGAGAAGGAUAGGUUUCUGACGGUAUCAGAAGACCUCGAGAAAGAGAUUGGCAUGAAGCCUUUUUACACCUUCGAUGCUCGGACAUCCCGCGAUGACUUGAAGAAACUGGUGCACACCUUUUUCUCCAGAUACAGGCAGACAGAAUCGGAGGACCAUUACUACGAGACGGAGAGGUUCUUUCAGAACCAUCAGUGGUGGUUUGCAACAACAUUGAUCACGCCUUCCUUCUACCAACGCAGUUUUCGUGGCGAGCCGAUGCUGCACAGCAAUAUGGCCGAAACAUCUGCUUGUAGGAAAUUCCUGGAAGAUACAGCCGCUCGGGAGGCUGCCAGAAACCUUCCGCCACCUUCGAGAGUACUGCGAAGAUACAUCACGGGGAUGUUGAACAGAGAUUGGAAGAAUGACAUGCUUCAGCGGGGCAUUUGUCCCAAGCGGGUUCAGCAAGACGCUGUUCAAGCGCUCUCAGACAAGCUUAGGUCUAUGGGCUGCAGGCUGGCACUGUGGGAUGAUAAUGCCUGA